GAAACACAAAGCUGUUACCCCUUCAAGAAAAGGGAAAAAGGCAAGUCCUUCAAAAGCUGCUUCUCCUGGCAAUAAGGCGUCUUCUGAAGAGUCUCCUUUGAAGACUGCCAGCAAUGCUCUUGUUUUGGAAAGUCAUAACUCAAGCCCAGACAAUAAUCCACCCAAGGAUGAUGCUGGCACUGCUACUUCUGGUUUCAAAGACCCUGGCCUCACCAUUGAUGUUGAUAAACUUUAUGGUAAUUGUUAAAUUUCAUCUUUCGUCAAUUAAAACUUUCGAAGGCUUAACCUCACGAUUAACUUGGCUUCGUUCGAAACAGAUACUUCUCAAGCUAGAACCCAUGUUCUCUCACCAGUCUUCGAAGACGUUAGGCCAAUUGCCACUAUAUUGUCUAAUGAGCCAAUCGAAGAAAGCCAAUCUACUGACGAAUCCCCACCUACUCAUCAAGGCAAAGAUUUGGAAGAGGAUCAUCCGUUCUCCGGCAGCGACAAUGUGAACCAGCAAUCACAUGGCAACGAAGAUUCUGCAUCGGAGAAAGAUGCCAUGGAGGAGAUUUCUCAACCAGAAAGACCAAUCUCUCAAGGAACUUCGACUCCCGAUGUAGAAACUAUUCCUGAGACAACUUCGACGCCUGCCCCUACGAAGCCUACUCCUUCGGAGCUUGAACAACUUAAACAAACUGAUCCUCUUGGGUUCCUAAGGGCUAUCAUGAAUGUGAAUACUUCUUCACUUUCGGAGCCUGAUGUCUCUCCAGCUGUAACUGCAGAUUCUAGUGACAAGGAAGAUACUCCUAAUCUUCUUCGACAGAUAAAAGAGAGAUUCUUUGGGGUUAAUCUUGUAGAUGUUCUCAACCGGGACCCUGUUAAAAGCUGCAACUUAAAUCAACUUUUAAAGAAAGUAGAUUUGCUUCAAGUUUCCCCAGAAGUCUCAGAGAUGAUUGUUCUGCUAGGCUCUCUCCUUGAACAACUCCAAGCUAACAUUCUUCGAAAGCAAAAUGUCGAGAAAGAAUUAUCUGAGAUACUCCGUAGGAAGCUGCAAAGAGGAGUUGGAUCGUCAUCUGAAGUGUUCCCUUCUAGUUUUUAG